AUGGACCGCUUCUCCGAGGCUCAGCGCUCCAGCUUCUCGCGUUUGUGGGCUAGGCUGCCGGCACACAUGCACGACAUCGCCUUUGAUUUGCACAAUCCGGGAUGGACACCGGAAGCUAUAGAUCGCUUGGCGGAUGCUCUGUUCGAGUAUUCUGACGUGUUCUCAACAUCGAAAACCGAUUUUGGUUCUUGCAACAUCAUGCCGUUCACCCUUUCUGUCCCUGCUGGGACAAAGCCAGUUGCGUCUCGCCUGUACCGCAUCAAUCCCCUCAUGCAGAAGAAAGUGGACGCAGUUUUGGACCAAUACUUGGCGGCAGGGCUAAUUCAGCAUUCUACCUCUCCAUGGGCCUCUCCUUUGGUCGUCAUCCCCAAAAAGGACGGAUCGGUCCGUAUUACCGUCAACUACAAGCGUCUUAAUGCUCUGGUGGACCUGGACGGACAACCUCUCCCUCGUGUGGACGGUAUCUUGGAUUCGCUGUACACCGGGAAAGUGUUCUCCAUCUUCGACCUCAACUCGGCUUUUCACCAGAUCGUUUGUGAUGACGAAACCGUCCCUCUCACCGCCUUUUGUACUCCCACACAGCUGUUCGAAUGGCUUUGUAUGCCGCAGGGCGCCAACGCCAGCCCGUCCUGGUUUGUCAAAGUCAUCAACCGCGUUGUGCAUGGCUUGGACCGAGUGUUGGCGUAUCUGGACGAUUUUAUCUGUUUCGAUGAGGAGUNGAAGUUUCUCAAGAACCUCGCCACCAAGGUACGGCCCCUCAACGCCCUUCUCAAACAAGGUGUCCUCUUCAAGUACACCCCGAGCAUGAUCAAAGUUGUCAAGACGUUGUUGAGCGAACUCACGCGCCCUCCGAUUCUGGUUUUUCCUGAUUGGGCGGCGGUCGAAGACAACAGCCGUCCUCUCCGGUUAUGCUCUGACGCGUGUAUCGAUGGCUUCGGCGCCUCUUUAGAACAAGAACAGCUGGAUGGCUCCGUGCGCCCCAUCGUGUACAUCAGCCGUGCUACCCUCCCUGCGGAGCGCAACUGGACCGUUUUGGAUCUGGAGGCUGGUGGGAUUGUUUGGGCAAUCAAACGCCUUCGCGGCUAUCUGUGGUCGACCAAGUUCUUCAUCCACUCGGACCACAAAGCCUUAGAGAGCAUCGGCAAGGUGGGGGAACACAACGCACGGGUGCAACGAUAA